AUGACUGACACACUUUUCGAGAAUUUUAUUUAACUAUCAGUUGCUAUCAGUCAGUCAGUUUAGUCGGGUUAUUGUUUUCAGAGUGUUUUGGUUGUGUUUGGACAAAUAUUUAAUUGUAUAAAGAUUAUCACAAGUUUGUUUGUUGAUACGAGUCUCCAGCUUUAGAAAACUACAUAAAUUAGUAGACAAUAUGUCGGACGAUAACUGGAAAGCACCCGUAUUUCGGCAGAAUGUUGUUUCAAAGAUUGAUGAGGCCAUUAGGCAGUCUGGUAUGGCAACUACACGAAACAGUUCAGAGAUGGAAAAUCAUGUAUUUCAGAAGGCCAAAACUAAAGAGGAAUAUUUGGGGUUUGUGGCUCGUCUAAUACUGCAUGUCCGAGAAAUGAAUUCGAAGAAGGUGGCUGGUGUGAAUCAAAGUGGGGGACAGGGGGUUCAGGAUCCUAUAAAUGCAUUACAGAAUUUAGCUAGUCAAGGUACUCGUAAUAAUAUGAUGGGAAUGAAUGGACCUCAAGGAGGUCCUCAGGGUCCACAAAUGCAACAGAUGCAGGCAAUGCCUGCUAAUUCUCAAAUGAUACAAAAUAUGAAUAGGGGUCCAAAUCAAGUAAUGGGUAGACAAUUAAUAGGAAAUGUACAAAAUCAUGUAAUAAAUGCAAAUAUGGGUCAAAUGCCUGGACAAAUUCAGAACAGUAUGCCAAUGCAAGCAGGGAUACAGAAUCAAAUGGGGAAUCCGAUGCAAGCUGGAAUUGGAAUUCCCAAUCAAAUGCAAGGUCAAGUAAUUCAACAGAUGCAUAGAAAACCAGAGAUGAAUAUGAUGAACGCACCGAACACGGGAUUUCCAAGAAAUCCAACACCGAAUCCAUUCCAUACUCAGAGUCCUACCCAAUCAGUGCAAUCCCCAGCUGGUUUAAAUGGACCAACCAGCAAUCAAAUGGUUGCAUCGCCUGCGUUAGCUCCUUCUCCAGGUUCACAGAUGUUGAUGAACCAACAGAGACCUGUUAAUAUGGCUCCAAGUCCAUCAAGUUCUUUAAAUACACCUGGACAACCAACACCAAGUCCUGUUUGCAUGCAAGAUGAAAUGGCCUACAGGGACAAAAUUCGGCAGCUUAGCAAAUACAUUGAGCCCCUCACUAAAAUGAUUCAAAGGACGAGCAAUGAUGGAGAACUUGAGAAAACCAGCAAAAUGAAGAAAUUACUGGAGAUUUUAUCUAAUCCACAAAAGCGGAUGCCGCUGGAGACAUUAAUAAAAUGUGAAGUGGUUUUGGAAAAGUUAGACUUUAAAAGAAGUGAUGGUAGUGUCCCUCCACCUGCUGGAGCAGGUGUUACUUUGAAAGAGAACCCUGCUUUCAAUCCAUUAUUGGAAGCAAUCAAUAAUAGUUUGCAGUCAUCAAUGAUUAAUCAUACAUUAUAUCGUAGUUUUGGCCCUACACUAAAUGCGUUAUUUUGUCCAGAAAUUAGGUUGAUUCCUCCUUUAAAAAGGAAGCGUGUUGAAGAACCAACUGGCGAGAUUCCUGCGUUGCUACAAGGUGAAAUCGCUAGGCUGAACCAGAGAUUUAAGGUUUCGAUAGAUCCGAAUCAGCAGCCUGGCUCUGAAAUUACGCAUCUAAACUGUUGGUUGGAUGACAGAAGUUUACCCUGUGUUCCGCCAAUUUCUCUAACAAUACCUGCCGAUUAUCCGUACAAUUCACCAAAAUGUCACAUGGCAGCACAUGAGUAUAACGCUACGCAAUUUUUAUCAGAGGUGCAAACGGCUUUGCUGGCAAGGAUAAAAAAACUGCCCAGAUUUUUUUCCGUAUCGCAAUUGCUUGAUACGUGGGAAAUGAGCGUUCGUAAGGCUUCCACUCCGAUACAAGUUCCAAGAAACAAUGCAAUGCCCAUAGCAUUAUGAAAUAUAUACAAAUUUAUUUAU